AUGGGAAAUGAGGCAAGUCAUCCUUUGGAAAUGUGCUCAAACUUUGGUGCAGAUGAAAUUAAAACGUUAGGAAAAAGAUUUAAGAAGCUUGAUUUGGACAGUUUUGGUUCUUUGAGUGUGGAAGCGUUCAUGUCUCUGCCUGAGUUACAACAGAAUUCUUUAGUACAGCGAGUAAUAGAUAGAUUCGACACAGAUGGGAAUGGAGAAGUAGAUUUCAAAGAAUUUAUCCAGGGAGUCUCUCAGUUCAGUGUCAAAGGAGAUAAGGAGCAGAAGUUAAGGUUUGCUUUUCCUAUCUAUGACAUGGAUAAGGAUGGCUAUAUUUCCAAUGGGGAACUCUUCCAGGUGUUGAAGAUGAUGGUGAGGAACAAUCUGAAAGAUACACAGUUACAGCAAAUCGUAGACAAAACCAUAAUAAAUGCAGAUAAGGAUGGAGAUGGAAGAAUAUCCUUUGAAGAAUUCUGUGCUGUUGUAGGUGGCCUAGACAUCCACAAAAAGAUGGUGGUAGACGUGUGGCUCUUUUUAAAGAGUACCACCCAACACUUCUGCUUUCUUAUCCAUCUCUGAAGAUCUGCUCAAGAUGCCCAGCAAUGCUCUCUGUGUAUUCAAAUGGAAGUAUUUUUCUCUGUGAAGCCACGUUUUCCAACAUGAGCCUCAUGAAGCCAACCAAGUGUUAUUGAACUCUUACUCUCUGAAUAACUCAGUGUAGCACUUUAAAGUCUGAAGAACAGCAACAUGAAAAGAGCAUAUCAGUGUGGUGGAGAAAGGGAAGGGGUUGGCUUUUUAAUUUAUUUUUCUUCA